AUGGAGAGCUCUGCAGAGUGUACAAGCCCCUUCACUGAUGCCAGCCCCAGUUUUCUGGCCAUGCUGCAAGAAGUGGAACCACGGGUGGCACGUCGGCGUCUUUCUCAAGCACGGCAUCGGGCAAAACUAGCAGGUCUCUUUAACCACCUCCGGGACACCGUGUAUUCUCAACCAAAGAGAAACCAUAGAACAACCUCAAAAUGGCAGGUGUUGCGUAAAGCAAAGCAUUACAUUCUGGAUUUGGAAAAAAAGCUGGAAGAUUUGUUGAAGCUUAAAGCUGUAGAGGUCAAACCUUCCUCCCGGCCCCUCUCAUGUGCAGGAGUUGCCUACACCGAAGCAAACCAUUUAGAUGAUGGACAGCCAUCAAGCCUUGCUGGAAUAAAGGAGCAGUACAUCAACAACCUCUACAAGGAACAAUGCGGUGAUUUGGCAACAGCAAAUCUACCCGGUAAAACCAAGCAGGCCCUGUGGCAGUGGUUGAAAGGUCACAGAGAAGGGUUUGCAGAGACUGAUGGCAAAGCGGCCUAUUCCGAGUCUCCAGGCAACACCGCGGCAGAUCUCAUAGAGUUUGAAGGGUACCUGUAUUUUUAUAAAGAAACCAUGGAUCUUUUAGUGGAGAACGUGAUUGUGUCAGUGGAACAGAUUGGCCUUCCGAUCGUGUCAAAAGCAAUCUCGCAUCUCUGGCAGGGCAUGUCUGCAGAGAAAAAGGCAGUCAUAUUCAAAAAAUGUCUGUCCCCCAGCAAAGCCAUUACUUUACAGCUUCCCAUGCAGAUGGACUAUUCUUUGAGAGACAAGAUGCUGGACAGCCAGGGGGCAAGUGCUUCUUCUGAAUCUACUCCUGAUGAGAUGCUUUUUGAAGAUGCAUUUGAUUUCGCCUCAGGGUUCCUGAUAAAAUCCGAAUCAAAUGCUCACACUGGAAUAAAACGAGAGAACAGCUCUACCUUCACUCAUUGUGCUUCUGAAAAUCCAGAAGAGACCUGCACGCUCUACAAGCAGAUUGUUAACUUUGUGAAGGCACAAUGUGAUGCAGCAACACACCUCCUGCAGCUCAGCCUGUGUCUCUCCACUCAACAGACUGGCUCCCCAAACUUCGAUGAUGAAGCUUUCCUGCUGAGGUGCACAGAAACGUUUGAUGAUGAUCUGUAG